UUUAACAAAUAAUAAAAAUAUUGGAGAUGAGUACUCAAGAGACCAAUCAGAUUGAAAAGCAAGGCGAUUUGAUCAAGUUCAAGCUAUCUGAGCCAGAGUACAACCCUAAAACUUACUUUGGAAGAACUAUGAAUCUCUUGAAAGUACAGAAUCCAGUGUAUAGUUUUGCAAAAAGCUCCAAGAUUGAAGCUGCACGCAAGAUGGUAGAAGAGCACAUGGAGCUAGAACAAGAGUAUCAGAAGCAAAACAAACCUAUGAUGGUUACCAAAGAAAGAGCAAAUGAACUUAGGAGCGCCAACUAUCUUGUAAAGUCAUCCAUCCAUCCGGAUACCGGAAAGAUCUUGCAACCAUGGCAGAGAUUCUGUUCCUAUGCUCUGAUAAACACCCCUUUCCUCUUUGGUAUGGUGCUUACUAAGCAGACAACGACUAAUAUUAUCUUCUGGCAGUGGAUCAAUCAAACCUAUAAUGCUAUAUUGAACUAUUCCAACAGAAAUGCAUCUUCUGAAACUGGAAUUGCUGGCGUCGGUGCUGCGUACUUUACUGCAGUGACCUCAUCUAUAUACAUUGGGUUGAAGGUUAAAAAGAUGUUGAUGCCUUACUCUAACAAAUUCAAAGGACCAUCUCAGUUGAUCUUCAAUUUCAUUAUUAACUUCACAGCCAUGGCUGCUGCUGGUAUCCUAAAUUCUUUGGUCAUGAGAUCCGGUGAGUUGAAAGACGGAAUUCACCUAUUCAAUGCCGAUGGAGAAGAUACAGGUACCUCUCCUAAGGUUGGAAGAGAAGCUGUCAUUAAGACUGCCGCUACAAGAAUUGGGUUGGCCCUCAGACUCUUUGUACCCACUUUGGUAUUCUUUGUUAUGGAGAAAAGGAAUCUCGUACCUAAGAACAAAAUGGGGAAAUUCUUUUUGGAAGCGACGGUGUUCUUUGGUAGUAUGGUCUUUGUACCGCCGAUGUCUUGUGCGGUUUAUGAACAAUACUGCACUGUCCAGACUAAGGAUCUUGAAGAGAAGUUCCAUGAUCUAAAAGAUGCUGAAGGAAAACCCAUUACUGAGUUAUACUAUAACAGAGGACUCUAAAUCACU